ACGGAAGCUUCUCCUCCUCCCUGCAGACGUGUGCUGGCCCAGCCUCUCACUCAACCAGUGACGGAGCCUUCGAGCACCCGUGGACACUUCCUGCCCUUCUUCCUCUGCUUUGGUCCCAUUGGGGAUGAACCCUCUUCCAAGCGUCUCCUCCGUUAUUCCUUAGAGGAACUGGUUGCUGCUGCUGCCCCCACCACCACCUGUCAGCCUCGGGGACUCUAUCCUGCUUUCUACUCUAUGGAUCAUUACCAGAAGUGAAAGUUUCUCCUGGGGAGUACUGAGGCCAUAUCAGUAGCCAGUGGUGUGGGGACCCUAGUUCACUCCAGCAUCAGUCCCUGCCUGAAGAGGGCCCAGACUCCCACUGUUUCCCCGGCAAGACUGCCAGGUACCAAGACUGCCAGGUCUCCUGGUGGCCCUGAUUUAGCUUCUGUUAAUUCAUGCUGUGAGUAGCCAGCGGCUUAGGUGUUUGGACAGUGCAGCCAACUCUCUCGCUUUGUUAACUCCCUUACCUCUGGGACGCAACCCAGCACCACAAUGGCAGCAGAGACACUCAAUUUUGGGCCUGAGUGGCUGAGGGCCCUUUCCAGCGGAGGUAGCGUGGCCUCACCACCCCCUUCCCCAGCCAUGCCCAAGUACAAGUUGGCCGACUACCGAUAUGGGCGAGAGGAGAUGCUGGCCCUCUAUGUCAAGGAGGACAAGGUCCCUGAAGAACUUCAGGAUAAGGAGUUUGCCGCAGUAUUGCAGGAGGAGCCAUUGCAGCCACUGGCCCUCGAGCCUCUGACUGAGGAGGAGCAGAGGAACUUCUCCCUGUCAGUGAACAGUGUGGCUGUGCUGAGGCUGAUGGGGAAAGGAGCCGCUCCUCCCCUGGCUGGCACCUCCCGUGGCAGGGGCAGCACAAGGAGCCGAGGCCGUGGUCGUGGUGACAGUUGCUUUUACCAAAGAAGCAUUGAAGAAGGUGAUGGAACCUUUGGGCGAAACCCCCGGGAGAUCCAGCGAAGCCAGAGCUGGGAUGACAGAGGUGAGAGGCGGUUUGAGAAGUCAGCAAGGAGGGAUGGAGCCCGGUCUGGGUUUGAGGAGGGUGGGGCUGGCCCAAGGAAGGAGCAUGCCCGCUCGGAUAGUGAGAACUGGCGCUCACUUCGAGAGGAGCAGGAGGAGGAGGAAGAGGGAAGCUGGAGACUCGGGGCAGGACCCCGGCGAGACAGUGAUCGCUGGCGCUCUGCUAGUCCUGAUGGCGGCCCCCGCUCUGCUGGUUGGCGGGAACAUGGGGAGCGGCGACGAAAGUUUGAAUUCGAUUUGCGUGGGGAGCGAGGAGGGUGUGGUGAAGAGGAGGGGCGGGGUGGGGGAGGCAGCUCUCACCUCCGGAGGUGCCGUGGACCUGAUGGCUUUGAGGAUGACAAGGAUGGGCUCCCAGAGUGGUGCCUUGAUGAUGAGGAUGAAGAGAUGGGCACCUUUGACGCCUCUGGGGCCUUCUUGCCUCUCAAGAAGGGCCCCAAGGAACCUAUUCCGGAGGAGCAAGAGCUUGACUUCCAAGGCCUAGAGGAAGAAGAGGAAGAGACUCCCGAAGGGGUGGAUGAGGAGCGACCUGAGGCAGCUGGGAAGGAGCUACCACCACUGCCGCCUCCAGAGAAGUCCACCUCUCCGUCCCCACUGCCCACCUUGGGCCCACUCUGGGGUGUGAAUGGGGAGGGCGAUGAAGCAGUGGAGAAGGAACUUCCCGUAGCUGAAGGAGAUGACGUGCGGGGAAUCCAGCUGAGCCCUGGUAUUGGCUCACCCCCUGUCCCUCCUGGAGACUUGGAAGAUGAAGAAGGCUUGAAGCACCUGCAGCAGGAGGCGGAGAAGCUAGUGGCUUCCCUGCAGGACAGCUCCCUGGAGGAAGAGCAGUUCACGGCCGCCAUGCAGACCCAGGGCCUGCGCCACUCCACAGCCGCCACUGCCCUCCCCCUAAGCCAUGGCGCUGCCCGCAAGUGGUUCUACAAGGACCCUCAGGGCGAGAUCCAAGGCCCCUUCACAACCCAGGAGAUGGCAGAAUGGUUCCAGGCUGGCUACUUCUCCAUGUCCCUGCUGGUGAAGCGGGGCUGCGAUGAGGGCUUCCAGCCUCUGGGAGAAGUCAUCAAGAUGUGGGGCCGUGUGCCCUUUGCCCCUGGUCCCUCACCGCCCCCACUGCUGGGAAACAUGGACCAGGAGCGGCUGAAGAAGCAGCAGGAACUGGCCACGGCAGCCUUGUACCAGCAGCUGCAGCACCAGCAGUUCUUUCAGCUGGUCAGCAGUCGCCAGCUCCCACCAUGUUCGCUCCGGGAAAAGGCAGCUAUGGGGGACCUGGCACCGCCGCAGCAGCAACAGCUCACAACGUUUCUGCAGCAGCUCCAGGCUCUCAAACCCCCCAGAGGUGGAGACCAGAACCUGCUCCCGACAAUUAGCCGGUCCUUGUCGGUGCCAGAUUCAAGCCCUCUCUGGGACAUACAUACCUCAGCCUCAUCACAGUCUGGUGGUGAGACCAGUCUUUGGGACAUACCAAUUAACUCUUCGACUCAGGGUCCAAUCCUAGAACAGCUCCAGUUGCAGCAUAAAUUCCAGGAGCGCAGAGAAGUGGAGCUCAGGGCGAAGCGGGAGGAAGAAGAACGCAAGCGCCGCGAGGAAAAGCGUCGCCAGCAGCAGCAGCAGGAAGAGCAGAAGCGGAGGCAGGAAGAAGAGGAGCUCUUUCGUCGCAAGCAGGUGCGGCAGCAAGAGCUGCUCCUGAAGCUGUUGCAACAGCAGCAGCAAGCAGCUGCUGCAGUCCCUGUGCCGCCUGCGCCCAGCUCACCGCCCCCACUCUGGGCCGGCCUGGCUAAGCAGGGUCUGUCCAUGAAGACUCUACUAGAGCUGCAGCUGGAGGGUGAGCGGCAGCUACACAAGCCGCCCGUGCCCCGGGAGCCGCCCCGGGCCCAGGCCCCCAACCACCGCUCGCAGCUUGGGGGCCUGGGUGCUGCCCCCCUGAACCAGUGGGUUUCUGAGGCCGGGCCACUGUGGGGCGGGCCUGACAAGAGUGGGGGCAGUGGCAGUGGCAGCCUGGGGCUCUGGGAGGACACCCUCAAGAGCAGUGGAAGCCUGGCCCGUGGCCUCGGCCUGAAGAACAGCCGGAGCAGCCCAUCUCUCAGCGAUUCAUACAGCCACCUGUCAGGUCGGCCUGUUCGCAAAAAGACAGAGGAAGAAGAGAAGCUUCUGAAGCUGCUGCAGGGCAUCCCCAGGCCCCAGGACGGCUUCACCCAGUGGUGUGAGCAGAUGCUACACACUCUGAGCACCACGGGCAGCCUGGAUGUGCCCAUGGCUGUUGCAAUCCUCAAGGAAGUGGAGUCCCCCUAUGAUGUCCAUGAUUAUAUCCGUUCCUGCCUGGGGGAUACACUGGAAGCCAAAGAAUUUGCCAAACAGUUCCUGGAGCGGAGGGCCAAGCAGAAAGCCAGCCAGCAGCGGCAGCAUCAGCAGCAGGAGGUGUGGCUGAGCAGUGCCUCCCUGCAGACAGCCUUUCAGGCCAACCACAGCACCAAACUUGGCCCUGGGGAGGGCACCAAGGCCAAGAGGCGGGCGCUGAUGCUGCACUCCGACCCCAGCAUCUUGGGGUACUCCUUGCAUGGACCUUCUGGUGAAAUUGAGAGCGUGGAUGACUACUGACCAGCCCGUCCCACUAGCCCCCUGGGCUGGAGGCCAGGAGUGGCAGCCGCAGCUUGGACCCUCAGGUCCCCAGCCUGCAGGCUCCCAGCAAGGAGCAGAGGAGGAGCAGGGGCAGGGUCCCCAGCACUUGUUACAAACCACACGAUGCACCUUAACUCACCCACCACGAGGCACUUUACAGAUUGGGGGGAAGGGGUUUUUCUUUUUUUUUUCUUUUCUCCUUUUUUUUUUUUUUAAAUUUUAAAUGACUGAAGAGAAUGUUAGGAGUCAGAAAAUUUUGUUAUAAAGCUAGAUUCUAGACACACUAUCCCUGGGGGGAUGGUGUGAUAAUGGAAGGUCCACAGAAUUUUUUUUUUUGUUGUUGUUUUGUUUUUAAGAAAAAUAAUGAAAAAUAAUGAAGAAAAAAAAAAAAAAAAAAGGCUGAAAGGAAAAACACACUGUUAUUUUGGGGCAGUGGGGAUACAUGCCCCAUGGACCUGUCCUGCCUGGCCCCUGAGGCUGCACUUACCCUGCUGCCCCCCCAGAAGGUGGGCUGUUGAGGUAACAAAGCUGGGGCCCCAGCAGUUUGCACAGUGAGGCCCCCUCAGUGGCCUGCCCACCGGACCCGCUGUGAGCAGCUCCUUGUUGCUGUGACUGUGGCAGAGGUGUCCAGGGUGGGGGCCAAAGUCACCCCUUGGCUUUGCUGCUUUGGGGGAAAGUUGCACAAAUUGGACAAGUCGCCUCAGCCCCCAGCUGCCCUUCUGUAUGCUAGCUGUUGGGGCGAUGGGGAAAGGCCAGUUGGUGACCCCCUCCUGUCAGGGGCAGGACUUGGACUCAGGCCUGCCGAGGGGCUUCCCCCACCGCUGCCAUUUUGGGAGAUGGCCUGGUGUGAUGUGUGACACCGAAAGCCCCAGCUCCCUGCCUUGCCACAUGAAUGUAUUCUUUGGUUCCCAAGUCCCCCGCCUUGCCCCCAGAGGAGGGGCAGGGCAGGGUGGUUCCUCCAGGAGCUGGGGAGGCGAAACUUCACGCCCGGGAUGAGGCCCCGAGUCCUUGCCAGCGGAGAGGGGCAGGAGUCUCAAAGGGCCAGGAGUGGGUGGCCAAGGCUGUUGCAGAGCAAGGGACUGUCACGAGAGAGCCUUGCCCUGCAGCCCGCCACGUGGGGUAUGGACCACCUGGCUCCACGCCUGACCCUGCCUGACCCUUCGUUGACCAAAUGGGAGAGGAGCAAGAGGCCUCCCCUCGACGUGUGUUUUAAAUGUCGGGUAAGGCUGGGGUCGAGAGCAUGUGCAGGUGUGUCUCCUGUUGCUCACCGACUUCUAACCCCCACUUGGGCUUGUCUCCAUUGGUUUUUGUUUGUUUUUGUUUUGGUAGUUUGUCUAAUCUUUUGCAUUUUCAUCAAACUUCUCCCAUCGACCUCAUUGCUGAGUGCAGUAUUAGGACAGACUGCCGCUGCCUCCCUCCAUGAAUGUAUUGCUCCUUACUGCCCUGGGGAAGUGGGGAGCUGCCCCAAUUUCUUUCCCCAUCUAUCUCCAGAGAAUUAAGGAUUUUUUUUUUUUUUUUUUUUUUUUUUUUUUUUUUUGCACCAAAGUGGCAACUGGGUCAGUGUUGGGGAUAAAGCUGGCCUCGGGGUGGCAGGGCCCCUCCACCUACUUCUCCCUGGUUUCGACAGUGUUAAGUAUCCGUGAAAAGACAAUAUUUUCUCUAAAGCAAUAAGGGGGUGAUGGGCCAGGGGGAAAUGUCUUGCUGCUGCUGGCCCCCCAGCUCCCCUUCCCUCUUGCCAGUGUGGUGGCAUUGGACGGGGAGGGGGAGACUCCUGUUGUGACUGAAUGUAACCGCCCUGCCCCUGCCACAGCCAAUGCAGGGGAAGGGGGGACACUCUUCCUGUCUCUCCCUGUCCCUUCCCCCCAGAGCUAAAGAGACUUGAGUUGGGGGGGCCCACGAGCCUGGAGAGGCCUUAACCCUGUGAGGAAGUGUAGGGGGAGCCCUCUCCCACCCCAUCCCCUCUGAGAGUGGUCAAUGUUUACAAGCCCUGAGCCCCGCCCAGGGACUCAGAUCCCAUUGCUGUCCUGUCCCAGUCUUCCUGGGCCCUGCUGCCCCCCUCCUGGGAUUGGGGUAAAAAGGGGGUCAUUCUGUGUUCCCUCAUCUGCCUUGUACCCACAGCCCCACCAUGUGACUUCCUGUUCUACCUGCCCCAUGUAAAUACUCCUAAUAAAACUUGGUGUGUUCUCCCUA